AAGGUUGUUCGGAGGACACGCCCACUAACAUACCGCGUGUUAUUCUUUGCAUUUGGGUGUUUGUCAUCUUUAGCUAACUAGCUAGCUUAAUUACAUUAAACAUGAACGUUAUCUAGUCACAUCAACGUUAGAAUAGGUCAUAAACUGCAUGCAACAAACAGUUUCGACUGUGGAAAGAAAAGCAUUGCCAUGCCAAUCUAGCUAGCUAGCUAGCUAACUGGCUAGCUCACUUCAGUGAUUAAAAACAUACUGUACGGUCUAUGAAAAUGACGACCACCAACAUGAUGGACAUGUUUGCGGAAGGGAAAGUUCUGAAAAUCUGUGCUCCUAUGGUCCGGUAUUCAAAGUUGGCAUUCAGGUCACUGGUGAGGAAAUUUGACUGUGACAUUUGCUUCACUCCAAUGAUAGUUGCUCCUGACUUUAUGCGUUCUGUCAAAGCCAGAGACAGUGAAUUUACAACUAAUGAAGCUGACCGUCCUCUGAUUGUGCAGUUUGCUGCCAGUGAUGCCCAGACCCUGGCUGAUGCAGCCUGUGUGGUCGCACCCUUCUCUGAUGGAGUGGACCUCAACUGUGGCUGUCCCCAGCGGUGGGCCAUGUCGGAAGGCUACGGGGCAUGCCUUAUCAACAAACCUGAGCUGGUCAAAGACAUGGUUCGACAUGUCAGGAACCAAGUGGACAAUCCUAACUACACAGCCUCCAUCAAAAUACGAAUUCACAAGGACCUGCGACGUACGGUGGACCUGUGUCAGAAGGCAGAGGCGGCAGGGGUGUCCUGGAUAACGGUCCAUGGUCGGACCGCAGAGGAGCGCCACCAGCCGGUCCACUUUGACGCUAUCAAGACCAUCAAGGACAGCCUGUCGGUCCCUGUCGUCGCCAACGGAGACAUAAAGACCCUCCGAGAUGUGGAGACCACUCACCAGCUCACUGGAGUUGAUGGUGUGAUGGCAGCCCGGGGGCUGUUGUCCAACCCGGCCAUGUUCGCUGGCUACAAUGAGACCCCUCUUGAGUGUGUGUGGGACUGGGUGGACUUCGCCACGAACCAGGGGACCCCCUUCACCUGCUUCCACCAGCACCUCAUCUACAUGCUGGAGAGGGUCAGCUCCCAACCCGAGAGAAAGGUGUUCAACUCCCUGCAUAGCACCGCUGCUGUCAUAGACUACCUCCACAACACAUAUGGAUCCCCAGACACACAGACAGUAGGCCUAUCAUAAACACUGGCUGGGUAUAAUUUAUUGUGUAUGUUAUUAAUCAUAUUUCCAAUGGAAUAAAAGCUUUUAUUUACUAUA